AUGGAUCUUCCUGGGUCUGGUGCUGAAGGCACAUCUCAUGAGUCGACUGGCAUCGAUCCUACUGGCAUCGAGCUUACUUUGGAUGAUAUCCCCGAUUCGCCGUUGCCUCCUACCAACUAUGAGGAUCCUUCCUACUACACUGGCUACCUUGAUUUCGUGCCCUCGCCACCCCGGGACGAUGCAAAUCCUUACUUGGAUCCUUCCAUUGACAUGGAUGAUCCCAUGGCUCCAUUCUUUGAUCCUUACUUGAAUGAUUAUCAGCCUUACCGUCCAGUAGAAUAUGGAGUUGACAGAUUCGAACGUCCACCAGCAUAUGAUGCCCUAUUCGAAGAUCCAAAUGUGCUCCCGUCCCACUACACUUACCCCCAAAGGACUCCCGAUAACAGCUGGACCACUGACCCCAUGGGCAUCUUAUCCACUGAACAGUACGAACGCGUUCUCGCGGAUGAACAGGAGCUCCUGAACUUAGAUGCUGGUGGAGAUCCCAGAUGGAAAAAGGAUAAGAAUGAAAUCUACCAAGACAUCCUGGACAAUGAGCACCUCCAACAAGAGCGCAUACAAGAAGAGCUGGAAAAGCUGAACAAUCAAGAUACUGACAGUCUCUUUGCUGAUCUGAAGUCUGCCACUGCAAACCUAGACUUCGAUUUCCUACACACUACAGAUCGGGCUACCAGUGACCGCGAUCGGGCUGCCAUUGACCGCGAUCUGGUUGACAUGGCCCGCGAACAGAUUGCCAUGGACCGCGAUCUGCCUGGGUCUGCCAUUGACCGCGAGCUGGCUGACAUGGCCCGCGAACAGGCUGCCAGGGACCGCAACAUGGCCCGCGAACGGGCUGCCAUGGACCGCAACAUGGCCCGCGAACGUGAUGCCAUGGAGGCCAUGGCGGCUUGGGAUGCCAAUGAGCGCGAGCUAGCUGACAUGGCCCGCGAUCUGCCUGGGGCUACCAUUGACGACGAGCCGGCUGACAUAGCCCGCGAACGGGCUGCCCUGGACCGCAUUAUGGCUGACAUGGACCUCUCUCUGGCUGAAAUGGCCCGCGAUCUGCCUGAAGCGACCCGCGAACGGGCUGCCAUGGCCCCCGAUCUGCCUGCCGUAGACCUCACUCUGGCUGACAUGGACCGCGUUCUGGCUGGCAUGGACCGCCAACGGGCUGCCACGGCCCGCGAUAUGGCUGACAUGGCCCGCGAUCAUCUGCCUGAAAUAACCCGCCAACGGGCUGCCAUGGCCCUCAAUCCGCCUUUCAUGACCCGCGAACGGGCUGCCAUGGAGGCCAUGUCGGCUUGGGAUGCCAAUGAGCGCGAGCUAGCUGACAUGGACCGCGAACGAGCUGCCAUGGACCUCAAAUGGGCUGCCAUGGACCGCGAGCUGGCUGACAAGGCCCGCGAUCUGCCUGGCCCAUCUCAAGCUGAUACACCUAAGUCUGAAAAACGUGCUAAAUCUGGUGAAGACACCUUGCCGUCAGUGGAGGAAGCAUCCCCAACAUCAAACAGACCCGCAAAGCGUGCCCGACGCCGUGCAACCACAAAGAAGAGCUCAACUCCGGUGCCCUCAACCUCCGUCUCAGCCCGAACCUCCGCUUCGGUGCAGCAACACACCGUCUCCCCGAAGACAACUGCCGAGAUUGAUACCGAGACCCCUCAGCCCGCGUCUAUCAAAACACGCCACGCCUCGCUCAAGGCCACGGUCAAGCCUGAGAUUGAGAUGCCCCCACCUGCGUCGACCGCAACACGCCGCACUUCGAUCAGGAACAAGACUGAGACUAAGACCAAGACUGAGUCUGGUCCUUCUACGUCGGCUUCGACAAGUCGCCGUCCCGCGAAUAAGUCAAAGCUUGUGUACGCAUCAGGAUCAUCCAAUCCUCCUUCUAGUACUAACUCUCAGACCGAAACAGCAGUUCCCGAGCCCCCUCAACCCUCCGGCGCCCAGCAACCCGCCUCCAAACCAAAAAGGCGGGGCAACAAGCCGCCGGCGUCAUGGGAGGAAGCAUCGAAAGGGGACAAGAUGAUGUCCCAGAUGAAGCAGGGGAAUCCUGCAGUGAAGUGGAGCGCGGUCGCGGAGGCGUGGAACGCGAAUCGCUUUGAAUGGGAGGACGAGAUGACAUGGCGGGCAGUGACCAAGCGCUGGGGACGGAUCAUGGAUAAGCUUGGUCCCUGGCCUGGUUUCGACGCGGCUAUUCUGGAGGCCUUGCAGCAAUUUGGCUCGCAGCUGCUGAAUGAUGGGCACUUUGUGCCCAUCGCUCAGCAUGUUUCGGAGCAGAUUGGCUGGGAGGUUCUCCCCGCUCACUGCCAGUACCGUUACCAGGACCUCAAGGAGGCUGGUAAGGUCGAUGUCAAGGGAAAGGGGAGGGCUCGGGAGUAA